CGUCACAAGGUAAAACAGCAGGAAUGUGGUUGGUGGUUGACAUGACGCUUUCCUAUAAGAAACAAGAGGAUUGCUACCCAUGAAUGGAUACAUCGACCUACGUUUGACGUAAAGUGAAAUCUUACCCUGUCCUUUUUGUUUGUUUGAUUCUAGAAAGCUCGCUACGGAAGCUAACGUGUCUGUUUUGACAGCUCGGUUUGUCGGCAGGCUAACUAGCUAACGAAGGCUAACCAACAGCAGCUAUUUAACCCCUGACGGCGACAACAACAACAACAACAAUAACACAAAAGCUGACAGAAGCAGCUAGCCUUAAGGGCUCAUUUUAGUUUUCCCUGUUUUAUACAUACUGUCAUGCUAGUGUUUGUCGGACAAAUGUCUCUAUGAAGCAACAGUGUCUUAGUAGCUAGCUUAACUUCUGUCAUGUUAAUGUUGACGCAAAAUUGAAAGUGGGCUUUCUAAAGAGUCAGUAGAUGCCAAUACAGACCUGUUUGUCCUGAAAUGCGUAUCAGUAAGGUCAGUUUUACUCGUACUUCUGAAAAGAGCUGGUUUCUAUCCGAGCUUUCAUUGUAAACUUGAUGUAAAGUUGUUGUGUCCACUUUAAAUAUUGAGCCCUUAUGCAGGAUAUGGUACUUAAAGAUCUCGGUUAGCUUUACUUACAGCAGCUUAAAGCGGUGCAGCUUUGUCUUCUGGACUGGGGAUAGAUGGUACAUUUAAACGGACUGAAACGAUGAUACUAAAAACCCUGUAUAGGAAGAAUGGAAGAGCCCAUUCUUCAGAUGGACGUGCUGUCAUGUUCUGGAUGGCAUGAUUUGCAUGUUGUUAUGGUAAAGUGGUCACUAAAGGUAAUUUUCCGUCAUUUGCAUCAGUGGUGUUAAGCUAAAGUGGGGGAUAAGUAUUAUAUGUGAUAGGUGUCUGGCAAUACGCAGCAUCACAAUACAUUACACUACUGCUUCAGAAAAAAACCUGUGUCUUCAUACUCCAGUCAUUUAACUUUGAAAGCUACUCCUCCCAUAGAUGAGUAGAUAUCAUCCCUUAAGGUUAUUCAGUAAAUGCUCAAAAAAGGAAAAGAUGGACUAUUUUAGACUCUUUCAGAAAGCUUUAACAUCUGCAUAGCCAGACUUAACUUUUAUAGUGUUUUGUGUUUCAAUUUUAUAACGGUAUUAAGCAGGAGUUUGACUGUGUGGUGUCUCUUAUCUGCUGUCUAACUGUUCUCAUUCAUGUUUGUUUCUGCCUAACCUACAGGUAAUGCAUGCAACUGGGCCUGAAGCCUGCGCUUUGCACACACCCAGCCCUUGAGCCAGUGUGUUUCCAAUAGGGGGAGGCUCUUCCUCCCAGUAGCCCCAGUUUCUCCCCAUUGCCCAAAUCUGCCCUAGAAUUCCCUAUGCUAACCCUCUUGAGCAUGUUUUACUAUAUCUGUCUGCGGCGACGCUCCAGAAGUGGGACUCGAGGUGAAGCUUUGACCAGUCGGCGGGCUGUGGAGUCUGGCCAGCGUGCGGCAUUGCCCGUCAGUGUGGAGGUGGAGCAAUAUGCCAAGGAGGUUCUUGACUUCAGCUCCCACUAUGGUAGUGAGAAUAGCAUGUCCUACACCAUGUGGAACCUGGCUGGGGUACCUAAUGUCUACCCCAGCUCAGGGGACUUCACUCAGACGGCUGUUUUCAGAGCUUAUGGGAAAUGGUGGGAACAAUGUGCCAGUGCCCCACCACCUUUCCGCCGCACUCCUAAAGGCUUUUACAGCCAGGAUUACAUUGAGCUGGGCUUUGAGGAGCCUGUCUAUCCCACAGCAGUGGAGGUGCUUGAGACUUAUUAUCCCGGAGCCAUCGUUCAGAUUCUGGCCUGCUCUCACAACCCCUUUUCCCAGAACCCAGCAACUGACAUCAGGUAAAGACAACCUUUCAUCUUUGAAUAAUGUUUUUUAUUUUUUUAUUUUUGAGAAAAACUUGUGAUAUUGCAGACUUGAGUUAUUAUGCUGUUACAAAUUGAUUCCUGAUGUUUUUAUUCUUUGCUCAGUCUGCGUUUAAAUUCUACAUUUCCUCUUGAAAGACGUAUCAGUAAAAUAGUGCUCCAUGAGUACUUUGAAUGACUGCUCAAGGAAUUGUCCCAUGGCUUAAGUUUUUCAGAGCGCUCUCAAAUUUCCAACAAUAAAACCAGAAGGUACAAAAGCGAGUCUGUUUGUAAGUGUUAUUAGUCUUAUUAGGUAAGGUGGUUUUGAUCCUCAGAUGGACCAAUAACUGUCAUACUAAGCAGGGUAUCUGAGUGAAACUUCGAAAUGUUCUUAUUUUACUCAGCAGGGGAACAGAAAAUGACAGGUUGUGUCAGAGACUACAGCAGUGGUUCUCAAGUCAAGUCCUCGAGGCCCACUGUCCUGCAUGUUUUGGAUGUUUCCCUGCUCCAACACACCUGAUUCAAAUGAUUAGCUCGUUAUUAAGCCAUUACAGAGCUUGAUAAUGAGCUGAUUUGAAUCAGGUGUGUUGGAGCAGGGAAACGCCCAAAACAUGCAGGACAGUGGGCCACGAGGACUGGACUUGAGAACCACUGGACUACAGUAAGAGCGCACUUUUGGUCCCGUUUCCUUAAUCUAAUGUGGGCUGUGUACACAAUGGCUUCAGCUGUAAAAGUUUAUUUUUAUUUACGUCAUUCAAUUUAGGAAAGCCAGAGAGGAUGAGAAGUGAGAACGCCAGAGAAAGCACUGUGUGAAACUAAAUACAGUCAAGUCUAGACCUGGAAGAUGCUGUAGAAAAACAAAUGGGAUUGUGUCCAAAAGGCAAUUAUUUUUGCUUAAUCAACCUGAUGAGCGCAUUGUAAGCUGUGAAUGAAACUUAAGCCUCAGAGAGCAGAACCCGUUCUUAUGAGUGCGGCAGAUUUUUUUUCUCUAUGACGAGUUUUAGGAUGUACGUGCUUGCAGGCACACUUCCUCUCAGCUCAGUUAUGUUAUUGAAAACCAAACCUUAACUGUUAUUUUUAUCCAACAGACAAAUCAGAGCAGAUUUUAAAAAGCAAAUCCAUCUUUCCAUUUCAGGACUGGACAGUCCUAAUUUUUGUCAAAGAACACAUUUUUUAUCAUCAAGUAAGCAAUAAUGAUUUUUGGAAAUUAAUACAUUUAUAAUCAUCAUUAUGCCCAUAGAAAGACUAAACUGUACCAUUUAAACAGCCACUUUUAAUUGCUAGUUAAAGGCUGAACAUGUUUAACAUCUUAACUUAAGUGAUGAUGUUUGGAGAGUUAGAUUCUGGAAUGACGCCAACAUAAAUCUAAAAACACGUCAUUCUUUUUUGGUUUUUAAGAAAAUGGUUUGUAAUGCUAUUUUUGAAGCUUAUAAGUGUGAUUAUCUGUUGUUGUGGUUUCUUUGCUUUUCUGGAGCUCGGUAGCCUAAAAAGUUGACAAUACAGGAUAGGGAUUUUAUAAGCAGUCCGUUUCUGCCCAUGGCUUUUCAGUCAAUUUUCAACACAUGAUUCUUGAUUUAGUGAUUUAGUGAUUAUGUGUGAAAUGUCAAUAUUGUGUACAAUAUUUGGUGUUGCCAUGACUGAAUAGACAACUACUACUACUACUACUACGACUACUACUACUACUACUACUACUACGACUUAGUCUUCCUAUCACUGAGGUAUUAAAGGGAGAGACAGGAUCGCUGUGAAGCGGUGGAGCUGCAAUGGCUGGGCAGUGUGAGCACUUGUCCGUGUUUGUGUGUGUGUGUGUGUGUGUGUGUGUGUGUGUGUGUGUGUGUGUGUGUGUGUGAGAAGCUCUUGUGCCUCUUGUUUUCUGUGAUUUGUUACUCAGUAUGAAAAAAUCACACACUGGGACUUCAAUAUUGCCGUGUUGCUGGACAAAGGUGAGAUGCAGCCGAACUUUUGUGACUUUUAGGCCUUUAAAGAUUUUCCACAUUUCAAUGAUAUAUCAGGACCAAAAAUAGACCACUGGAGUCUUUCCACAAAGCCAUACUAAAUACCCAGAUUCUCCAUAAGUCAGAGGUGUGCAUAACAAGGAGAGGAGCUAAAAUGAAACCAAAAUUCAACUUAGAAUAAUACUAUAGAUUAAAGCUGAUGUGAGGAACUUGUAGUUUGUGUUGGUUAUGGUGUCACCUGCUGUCAAUCAUUUCAAUUGACACGUCCCCCCUCACAGCAGUUUCAUUUGUUAAACAUCCUCACAGCAAAAUGAUCAAUCGUGUUGCUGAUCGUCUUGUGUAAAAAGACUUCAGUGUCAGUUUCAGCCUCUUUAAAAACUCUCCAGAGUGCCUUUAAAUGAGCAGUAUGCUCAUGUUACAGAUGGACAAGAGCACACAGUUCACUGGAUCUGUCAACAGUGUCAUGAGUAAAUGAACAUUAAAAAUUCAGUGCAACUCUUGACUCCACUUCCUGUUGUCCAGGUGGGAGGUGUUGUGGUCAGGUGAACCCACAAAGAUGCUGACACCCCACGCCCGCCAGUUUUCCCCAAACAUCAAGCACAUCAACUUCCCCACGAACCUGCUUCGCCUGGAGGUCAACAGCUCCCUGCUGGACUACUACACGGAACUGGAUGCUGUUAUUCUGCGCGGGGUGAAAGAGAGGCCUAUGCUGGCCCUCUAUAAGAUGCCUAUUAUCGACAUCAGUGACCUGAGUGACAGCGAGGAGGAGCUGUCUGAUGUUGGAGGGCCAUUUAGACAAGGAGGAGACAGCAAAUACCAGAGGACAGGGAAUGGAUACUUUGACAAACUGCCGUAUGAGGUGAUUGCAGAGCUCAAAGACGUCUACUUUAGUCACUCAGAUGAAAGAACAGAUACACACCAUGUUAACAACAAAAAACAUACUCAUUUUUUAUGUCAUUCUGCAUCUACUGAAAGGAGUAGAAACAUAUUUUAACAGCAAGUUUUUAAAUUGACGAGGUUUUCCUUCAGAAAGCUUUUUUUGUGUGUUUUAUUUCAUAUCUGACAUAGUGUUAUUUCAUGUUUACGCGCUAACUAUACUCUUGUCUGUCUUGGUUGUGGCGUGGUAAUGGUUUUUUGUAGAUCAGUUGGAAAAUACCAAGAAAUAGGCAGGACCAUCUAUCCUGUCAGUGUGUCUGUAUGCAUGAGGAAACAAAAUCGAUGUGAAAAUAGUGUUUUCUGGAUUUUUAAGUGGACAAAUGAAACAAAUGAGACGAUGCCAGCUAAUCCUAAAGCACUAAAGCAGGUGUUUGCGUGCACUUUCGAUUUAAGCAUGAAAAUACCUAAUUCCACUGCUGCAGAUUGUACUUUUGGCUGUGAUUCAAAUGACAACGCACCUACUAGUAAUCCAUUCAACCUUCAAGAUCAGUUUUCCAGUCGCUGAUGCCUGAUUCUUUGCAUCUGGAUGCAUUUUUUACAUAACUUUCAGAGAGUUUUGUAUUUAGUUUGCUUGAAAACAUGUAGUUGUUUUAUCUAUUACUAAAGACAGUAAUAGAAUGUAGUUACAAUGAAACAAAACAAAGCAGCAGAUCCUCAUAGUUUCCUCAUGUUGAGCUUUUUUUGCAUGUUAAAUAGCUCUCUAAUCAUUAAAGUAAUAAGUUGUAUAAAAAAUUAUCUUACCUCAGUCAGCCUGUUGAUAAAUUGUUUCAGCACUGAUGCACCAGAGCAUAUUUGCAUUUAAUUCACCUGAAAAAGACAACCAGAUGUAGAAUCAUCCGUUUUGCCUUGCCCUGUUGUUUAAGUUGUUCGCUUCUCUGUUACAUUAUGAUCAUAAUGUUCUCAGAAUCAUUUGUCUUGACUGACUUCUGAUGAUUAUGACUAAUAGUUUAAGAGCUAGGCCUUAAAUCAUUAUUGGAGCCGCACAGCGAGCGUGCGUGCGUGCAUGUGUGCUGUGUUUAUACAUUCUCCACAUGAACACUGUGGCACGGACCCAGGCUGACACUUGAUCUAGUUUGCGCUCACAGACUGAGAGUCAUUUUCGUGCCACACUGACGUAUCACGUUGUCUGAGCUGAGCUCCAAAACACCGCCACCGCUCUUGAUAUUUGUUCUCUUAUCUCCUCUCCAAACCACUGCCAUUAACAGCAGUCUUCACAACCGCUGUGUGUUUGUUUCAGAAACACAAUAUAGCUAUUAUCUGUCAGCUGAUACCCGCUUGAACACUGUGUAUUGUUAAUUCACGGCAACACUCACACGAGCACAGUCAUUGUUUCUCUUUACGAGGCACAUGAACAUAGUGCAAAACAAAAACGCUCACCUCGUCGGCAAUCCUGCUAUCAGCGCUUUGUGUCCCAGAUAACCAAUAUGAAGAUCUGCCUGACAGAGGGGACACAAUUAACAAUCUCAGCCAUACUCUUCUCUCUCUUCUAGGUUGUUCUACUCUUUAACCCUCUUUUUCUUUAUUUUACUUCUUUCUCUUUCUUCCCCCUCUCCUGACUCUUCUCCCCACCUUCUAUCCAUAGCUCAUUCAGCUGAUACUGAGCCACCUGACCCUGCCAGACCUCUGCCGUCUGGCCCAGAGCUGUAAGCUGCUGCACCAGCACUGCUGUGACCCGCUGCAGUACACCCAGCUGAGUCUGCAGCCCUACUGGGGCCGGCUGAGUGACGCCUCCUUGGGACACCUGCAGAGUCGCUGCACCCUCCUUCAGAGGCUCAACCUGUCCUGGACCGGCAACCGUGGUGCUCUCACCCUGACCGGCUUCAGCAGGUCAGACUGUCAAAAGGCGUUAAGUACAGUACCAGACAACCCCAAGAUAACCUUGAAAAACUAGCAAAUACUCACAAGUACAAGGAUUUGUUUUUAAGUUAUGCAAAGAAAAUGGAUACGUAAGUGUUUUGGUGUUUUUAAGGGAAAAAAAAAACAACAGGAAUUCAAGGAUGAUGACCUUUCUGUGCAAAUACACGGAGGGAUGGAGUAGCUGCUGAUCUGCUAGGAUUUUAUCCUUUUUCCUUUCGUGUGAUGUUCUCUCAAUUCUUCCCCUCAGUUUCAUGAAGGCCUGUGGUCUCAGCCUCGUCUGCCUGGAGUUGUCAUGCUGCCACUUUCUGAAUGAGGCCUGUCUUGAGGUCAUCUCACAGACUUGUCCAGGGCUUCAGGAGCUCAACCUAUCCUCCUGCGACCGCCUCCACCCACAAGCCUUCACACACAUCUCUAAAUUAACACGCCUCCGGAGACUGGUGCUCUACAGGACCAAAAUAGAGGUAGGAAGAAGGGGUCGCAGUGAAGGUGACAUUUCACUUGUGCUGCUACAUCUGUCCAUUCGAGUGUAAUCUCAGCAGAAUGUAUCAAUGCAGGUUACUCAACUGUCACUGAUGUUUAAACUCCACACAACACUAUGCAUGAUGAACAGCUUGUCAAGGUUUCCUCAGAAUGAGCAGAAACUAACACUGUCACAUAUCCUUGAAACCUUAAAACACACGAACACUUUAAAUUUACUGUUUUUUUUUAUAUUUUAGCACAAAACCACUAUUUGCUUGUUAGAUUGACAUUCAGGUCAGAACACAUCCCAUGUGUUGUCUCUCAGUCUUUUGUCAGGACUACGACGUAAGCUUAUCAUCUUUCCAAAGAUCCAACAGUGCUCACGAGUCAAACUUGCCUCUGUGGAAACAACUUGAGCAUCUUCACUUUGCAGCACAAAUGAAGCCAUUGUCUGCUCAGUCCUUGUUCCCUGCUGCUUCUUUUUUUGCCUUCACAAUGCAGCACAGUCCCAUAAGCAAAUUUGUUUUGCUGCAGUUGAAAUCGGUUCGUCUCAUACUUGUAGAUUUUAGCAGAACAAAAGAUAAUUGCAUCUUCAUCUGUGAUCUGUUUGGAAUCAACACUUUACAGACUUUGGCAGUUUCUGCCAGCUAGCUCGCACUAUUUCCAAUGUACAGAGAAACUACAGUAUGUCUACAGUGUAAUACAUUACACUCAGCCGAGUCUUGUCUGAUAUUAGGCUUCAUAGCUUGUAGUGAUAUACAGUUAAGACAUAUGUUCACUUUUAUAUUGUGUCAUUACAGUAUUUAACAAGAGCUUUGACAAGGUGACACUCCCAAAGAUUUCAUCUCUUAAAAAAUACAAUAUCAAAGAUUUCACAUUUAAAAACAACAACAUGAGUCUGAGAAGCAGGAAUGUUUUUGAUGAGCCAGUUACUGUCCCUGAGCCGAACCAUAGACUGUAUAUAGAAUGGACGCCAUCUGCCUCCUCACUGGGUGAAGCCACCAUGAGAACAGCACCCUCUAGUGACGGGCUGCAGUAUAGGUCAUAAAUCCCGACUCCUCCAGCAAUCCCUAUGGAGCUGUGGACAGACUUUAGAAAUUAAUUCUAAAGAAACUUUUCAUACAACCAGGUAUUGAGGGUAUGAAUUAUUGGGCUCUGAAGUAGAGACCAAGUAUUUUUCAGAAGUUGCUCAUAUCUUCAUCGUCUGUUCUGAUCAUGUAAAGAACUGGAUUUCUGAUUGUGAUUAUGAGUUAAACCUAUAUCAUUAAAACUCAAACAAAAACAGACUUUAAACGUGGCAGUUAACAUCCCAUGAAUAUUCAUUAUCUUAAAACACACCAUUUUGGACUGAAUAAACAAAAUAACUUUGGUAACCCUUUCUUUUAUGGUGCACUUAUUACCAGGUAAUUAACAGGUAAUUACCCAGUAACAACAUGAAAUUAUCUGGUAAUUACAUGAUAACUACUAAGUCAAUACUGUCUAGCUACCAGGUAGGGUAACCUUCCAUCAUCAUACAAAUUUAAAGCCGAAUUGCUCUGGUAUUUCCAGGAUUUUCCACUCUUCCUGGAACCACCACUUGCGCAGUAGCAUUGUAUGCAUUUGGUGGAUGAGUCGCUGUGAUAAUGCUCGGCUCAAACAGUGUAUCGCUACGCAAUCUUCACACACCCAUUGGCUGUAUUACGUGUCAGUCAUAGAAAAUAAGAACCCCAAAUUGAAAAUGAAGCCGCACAGAAAAAAAGAAAAAAAGAAAAACUAGACUGUAUUGACUUAGUAGUUAUCAUGUAAUUGCCGGAUAAUUUCAUGUUGUUACUAGGUAAUUACCUGGUAAUAAGUGCACUGUAAAAGAAAGGGUUACCGUAACUUCUUCUGGCAUUCUAAUGUUUUGAGAUAAAUCUGUGUGAGAAUCCUCAGAGUCCCCUCAGGUGAUCUAAACCCUCCACCUGAGAAAUGAACUGCAGUAUGUUCUAUCUGUGCUGAACCAAUAAUAAUUAAUAGAAGAAUAAAAACACAGUAAAGGGUUAUUAACAGCUGAAACCUCCAAACACCAGCUCUGUUUGAGGGUCCAUGUUUUUAUUUUGGGUGUUGUUCAUGCUCUGUUGUCGUCUUUAAGAUGACCCGAGUCAACUCUUCUCCCAGGGGCCUCAAAAUAUCGCACUGCAUGUGUUCAUGUUCAGGCCUGUCUGACGUGUAAAAAACCACCGUCUUGUGUUUGGGUUUUGCUCCUCUGUGUUUCUUCGGUAUUUGUCAUGUUUCAGAGCAACGUUGUGGGCAGGAGGCAGGGUAGGGUUUCUGCGGUGGAGCCAGGCAUCAUGCUGCAGGUUGUUUAUACCCCGGCUCACAGAGCGAGCUGUGUGUCUGUUUGAGAGCCCGACAUCUCAGCUGUCAUUACCCUGUCACUGCUCUAAUUAAAUGGCUAGCUCGCCAGAGAGAGGCGUUUAUAAAGAUGCCAGCUACAGACUGGAGCGCACACACCAGCCACGCACGCACAAAAGGCUUUCACUUUCAUGUCUCACACUUUCUCCUGCCACUGAGGUACAUGUGUUGGCAGUUCUAGUGUUGAAUUCCCAUAUCUCCAUCCAAGCUGCAGUGCCACUGGAGAGAUCUGAGUCCUCACUGUGUGUGAAGGGAUCCUCUGCACCAUAUUAAAUUCUCUUAAUACAUUAAGUGUGAACUGAGUGCACAAGGUAGCAGACAGUAAAUCCUUUAGGACUUACUUUGACCUGACAUGUUCUUGCUCUUUAAAUGUUCAUUCUGUUUUAACAUUUUAACUGUAAGAGUAUUAUUCACUCAGGUUUAAUGUCUUAUUGUUAGCUGCUUUUAUUUCGAUAUAGGGUUCUUUGCUGUGUGUUGUCCCCUUUUGUUCUCUGUGUAGCAAACUCUUAAAGUGACCUAAACUGACUUAAAUACCAUUUCAAAACAUGUCGACAGUGAUUUGGGUAUUACAGCUCUGCGCCCUUCUCUUUUUUUCUCUUUGUUUUCUCUGCAGCAAACAGCUAUUCUGAGUAUCCUGACUUUCUGCAUAGAGCUGAGACACCUCAACCUAGGGAGCUGUGUGAGGGUGAGAAAAAAAAAACCCACAGACACCCCCACACACUCACACACACACACACACACACACAGAAAGAAGUCCAAAUAAAGCACAGUCUGUUAACGACAUAACCCUCCAUGUGUGUUUGUUGAAUAGCAGCUUGUCUAAAAGAUGGCGAGACAUCAGUAGUGUAGCACUAAUUGAGCUGCUAACAAUAAACUGGUUGGGUGUAAAACAGAGGGAGCCAGUGAUAAUGACACUGAACAGGAUUUAAGUGAAUACUUUAUUGUCCAUUCUUGGCUCAAAAUGUGUCUUCAGCCUAACUUGACAACACAGUUAAAACCUCAGUGGAACAAGCACACAGACCAGGACUCACAAAACCACCAGCCUCAGAGUCUAAUGAUACCGAUCAACUUCUGUGUUUCUCUAGGAGCACAUUUUCUGGCAUGGAUCUUUUAUUACAUUCUAUAUAUUUCCACAAUAAUGGAAAUACAUAUUAUUAUGAAUGGCCAUUUGAUAAAAGGGUUGAGUAUUUUUUUAAGCACAGUUGUUGUAGUGGGGGAGAGUGGGGUAAGUGGAGCCUGCACCUGUUGCUUGGAAACGGUAAAAGAAAUUGAUCAUGUGACCAAAUAUUUAGGAGAUGGGCAUCAAUUCAUGGAGUCUGUCAAGGUUAGAAGCACAUGGGUGAAGGGGUCAGACAUCUAUUUCCAAAAAAAAAAUCAUUUUUCACUCUUGAAAGUGAAUUUAGUCUGUCAUAAGUUUGAUUAGAAUUGUGUUCAGACCAAAAAAGAUCAUUUUAAAUUUGUUUUAUACAUCAGUUGUGGUAUCUAUGAGCUACAACAUGAGGUCAAAAACCUAGCAUAAAAGUCCACCAUUUUAGCUAAGAGGACUAAUAAAGUCAUCAUAGUAGUUCUGGGGUAAGUUGAUCCAGUGGCUCAACUAAGAAAGUAAAGGAGUCUAAUGAGAGGAUCAGAGUUUUUGGUUCAGAUUGUUGAAAUGUUUUACUUUUUCUUUUCAAAAAUACAGCUGUGAAUGUUCUGAAUCACUUAAAGACAUUCUCAUGUUAAAAAGAUUUUUUACAAAACAGCUUUUUAGCAGUUAUAUCCAAUAAUAAUAAUAAAAAGAAUUAUUGUACCAGUUGAAGAGUGUAUAAUAGAUAAAAAUACACUCACUCUGUUGGUUUGCAGGGAUGCACAUCUUGAAGCAGAUACACUAGUUAGAGACAAAACUAUGAUUGCUUUGAUUUAGUGAUCCGAAAUAUGAAUAAUGGCUCAUCUUACCCCGGUCUCCCCUACUCUGUUGUUAGUUGCAUUGUAAAGCAGCAGUAGAAAACACAUAUCAGCUGCAGUUGUUUCAGACUAGAGUUUGAAUAUCAUUCGCCUCUUGCUCAGAGAAACCUUCUGCAUGUUGUGAUUCUAUGAGUAAGGUGCCUGCACUGGCUGCGUGGCAGUUAAAUUGCAUUUCUUUGCUUUCAUCUUUGGAUGAAAGGAUGAAAUAUGACCAACAUUACCUGACACCAAAGAACAAUAACAGUUUUGCAAAAACAAAUCUGUUCUUAAAAGACUUUCAUUUAUUUUCUGGUGGAGGUGUUCUCUGUUCCUGCUUUGUUCUCUCCUUGGGUAGUCAGGGUAUGUCCCUCAAACUAGCAGAUACAGCUUAUCACUUUUUUUUUCUUAUCAUUACAUUUCCAAAGUUAGCUCAAAAUACACGAUUCAAUUUAAGGAAAGCAGCUUUGAAGUUAGUUUAUGCUUAGUUCUUUUGUUCUGUGCCUCCCAAGAGUAAAUGGUUUAGUUCUUUGAAUUUACGAACUCCCAGAGUAUUGAAUUUUAUUUUAUUUACAUUUGCUGAAGCGAAACCACAAAACCCCCUAUAUCUUUGGGAUGUUUUGUAUGACAUGCACACACAGACAUGGAGAACAACAAUAAACAAGACCCUCAAACUAAGGAGGCUCUCAGAGUGACAUAUUUGAAGGAGAUCAACUUGAAACGGAUAUAGAGCCCUACAGCCUCCCUGCUACAGAUGCUGCCUUGAAGCAAAAAUAGAUGAUAAUGCCAUCUUGUCUCUCCUUCAGAUUGAAGACUAUGAUGUUGUGGCCAGUAUGCUUGCUGCUCGCUGUCGCUCACUCUGCUCCCUGGACAUUUGGCGCUGCAGAAACCUGACCGACAGAGGCCUGGCGGAGCUUGUCGCUGGCUGCAGGUAGACACAUGAGAUAUGUUGGAAGUAAAUCUUUUUUCACUCUGACCAAGGAGCAUUAACAAGAACGAAUUCAGCUUUUCAUUAGUGUGACACCUUUUUGACUAUGUCCUUGAAAGGUAGAUUCAUACGUUUCUAUUCAAAACCAUUUGAUGUCUUUACACACUGUAUACAUAAAGUAUAGAAGCUCACUUUUAAUUUUUUAAGAGAACCCAUCUGAUCUCUCAGUCCCAUUAUAUUCAUUCUGAUUUAGAUAAACCCUCUGAGUUCAGUCUAUCAGCUACAGGGCCAAAACUAAAUAUAUCUGAUGUCAGUGUCCAAAACUUGUCGACAGAGUCACCCCGCUGCUCCUGCAUCAUGUCUGAUCUGUGUUUGUUUAGGAUGCUGGAGGAGUUGGACCUGGGUUGGUGUCCCACACUGCAGAGCAGUACAGGAUGUUUCCAGAACCUUGCCCGCAGCCUGCCUCGUCUGCGCAAACUCUUUCUAACUGCAAACCGCACCGUCUGUGACUCAGACAUAGAGGAGCUGGCCGCCAGCUGCCCCUCACUGCAGCACCUGGACAUACUGGGUGAGCGCUUGUUGUUCUUUUUGUUAGCUUAUAAUAAACUUUUAAACAUAAUUUUGAAAGUUAGCUGAUCAUUAACCUCUGGUGUUGAAAUAUGAUAUGAAGCCAAAGUGAAGGUGCUAGAAACUGCAGUUUUCUGAGUGUCUAAUUAAAGGGAUAUUCCGGUGUAAAAUUAAGUUAAGGUCAAACACACCGUAACACCGAGUUAGACACCCCCUCGAGAGAUGAGUGUUGCCGACUGCUUGCUUCUCUAGUUAUACCAACUUCAACAAGGACCGCAUAAUAGCAGUAUACCUCUCCACGUGCUAACCUCAACCAAAAAUCCACUCUAUAGCCACAAAUAAUGCUCAGAACAGCAUCUAACUUCAUCAACAGUACAUGUAGAGUCCCAGCUAUGGUACUAGCCAUCAAACAUCUUUGUAGCUUUGCCUGAUUUCUUUCAAAAAAGAGACCAAACACAACUCGCCUACUCUCUUCCAGCAGCUGCUUGCUUGUGGGGGAGCCCUGAUGAGUCGAUCACAGAGCGUAGUGGAGUUUCGCAGCUCAAGGAAGAACAUUUAUGAUCAUUACUUCAUGGAAAUGCAAUCAGACCGAGACUCUUAGGCAGAAGAAGUACUGCGUCUGCAGUGAAAAAUGAUUAUUAUGAUGAUUAUUACUUUAAGGAAAUGAUCCGCUACACUUGGUGAUGGACUCGUCAGGGCUCCCAAAAGCCCCAGAAACCACGUACACCCCUGUUUUUAAAAGAUCCAAUUUUUAAUGCAAAAAUAAACAUGUUUACAGCCUGGUACAAAAAAGGAUUUUGGUGUGUGAGCACUCUGUAGUUUUUUGCAAGGAGAAUCAAAGCUAGCUUAAAUACCAGAGACCAAUAGAUGACAUCCCUGAGACUGUGCCUGUGUUUUAUACAGUCUAAGUUAAAACCUAGACUUGCUUAUUUUGUCCACUUGCACAUGUGGUUUUCAACAGCAGUAAUACCUCUCUCAGUAUGAAGAAUGGAACUUGUGCAUUGAUCAGUGAUAAGUCAAUGAUGGGACAUAUUUGUGAUCAUGUACUCGUGUCAUUUGAUCCAAAGCUGCAGUGGACAGGUCUUCCUCUGUCUUUCUCUUCAAGGUUUGAAUUCAAAAAAAGUUUCUGAAACCUCAGCAAACACAAACCUGUAAAAAAAAAAAGCUUCGUUUCAACACAAAUAAAGAAAAAAUGCUCACUGGGCAAAGUUGCUAAAGAAGUAACUGCUGUGUGAAACAUUGUAGCUCCAGUUGCAUAAUGUGACGGCCUUGGCAGCUCGGUAGCAUUACAAGCAUUAACCAGGCUGUCUGUGCUGAAGUGUCAGUUCUGUGGCUAUUACAAGUUUGAGUCUUCCCAUAAGCUCAGGAGUAAAUCAUCUGUUUACAGGUUAUUAGCAUACAGCAUUUUGGGGGGGGGUGUAGAGUUUAUAUUUGUCUGUUUGAAGUAUAACCUUACUGCAUGUUUAUGUUUCAAUCUAAACUUUUUAUUGCCCGGUGUGCUUGAAUGUGGUUUUGAUUAACUCCGAGUUAGAAAUGUUGUAUUUUUUUUAUUUUUCUGCUCAGGUUGCAUUUUUUUCAGCGCGUUGUUUACAUUUCUUCCUAUGCCUGUGUCUUUUCCAUCUGACAGGUACACGCUUGGUGAGUGCUGCCUCACUGAAGAAGCUCCUCCAGUCUUGUCCGAAAGUUCUCCUCCUGGACGUCUCCUUCUGUUCUCAGAUAGACAUGCGGGUCGUCCAAGAGCUUACGGGUCUCUUCCCAAAUGUGGCCAUCAAGAAGAGCUUCACUCAGUGACCUAGACUCUUCUGUUUUUCCACAGUCCAAAAGAAGUAAGAGGAGCAAAGUGCUUGCCAGCAAAUACUGCCCAAAAGUGGGUAAGAGGCAGGUCAGAUGCUGAUGGAGACAUCUGCCCUUUCUGUGUCUGUAUCACAAGUGAGAGCUUUUUUUUAGCGGUCUGAAAAGAAGGAUUAGCUGGCUGGACACAGACAAUUACAGACUCCAGGCCAUGGGAUAACAAAACAAGAGACUUCAUACAUGUCUUCUGGACACUUGAAAUUAGGGUCAGUGCAGUAAAGCUGCUAAAUCCUUGAAUUUGAAUCACCUCUGACAUAUUGCCAAGCAACUCAAGGGUAGAAAUUCGCCUUGGUACUGGAUGCAAAACAUAAAACACAAGACAGUUUUGUGAGCGAAGUAUACUAUUAAUGCAGGAAAACCGCUGCAGGAUUAGGAAGAUACACAUUCAUGUUAACUGGAAACAUGGUAAAAGACCGGGCCUUGGUCAGUGCCUUGUCAGAAUGUGCAUCUGUUUUGACGCAUGAUCGUCGUUCUGAAGGUAUCUGUAAGCCGCUUAGAUUUGACUGAAGAAACCAUACGUGAAGCUGUUGUCUUUAAGGUAAUUGGCGCUGAAAACAAAGCAGUGAACUAAGCCUUAUUUCAUACAGUAUGAUAUGUAAAGUGUCAACUCAGACCUGGAGGUAAAGAUCAUGUGUUUUCACAAACUGGGUGACUCUCAAAUCAAAAAGCACACCAUCAACAAGAUUCACAGAAAACAAGUUUUUAAUCAAAAACCUUCAAGAAUGUGAGAGGUUGUGAAAAAGAAGGAGGAGUUAAAAAAGCAUGAACGGUAUUUAAAAAAAAGCAACAAAUGGUUUCAUUGUAAGGUAGUGACACAGUCCAGAAACGAAUAUGUACAAUAACAAACACUAGAGACUAGCAGCAAAUCCUGACCUGCAGGAAGUGUGAACAGCAACUGAAACAACUGGAUGAUGCUAUAAAAAGCCAAAGUUUAUGAUUGAUUCACAUUGUUAUUUAAAAUGCUGCAAUGACACAAUAUAGAGACGAUUCAAACCACACUUACUGUUCUCCUCUUUGUCUUGGUCACCACCUUCACUCUGCACACACUUCAAAUAUUUAUCUGUAAAUUUAAAGAAAACUUUAGUAUGGUGCACAUGAUACUGAGCUGAAGCUUUUUAUUUUGGUUUGAAUCUGUAGUGAAAAAAAAGAUCCCACAAGAUCUGGAUCUGACACACCUGAAUCAGGUGAAUUUCUGUGUAAGUCUGCCAUAUCAAGUUAACAGGGUCUUUCAAAAGUGAACUUUUGUUACUUAUUCUGGACUCCUCAAGGACGGCACAAAUGAAGGCCGGGUUGAUAAUUUAGCCAAGCCAAAGUUGAAGGUAUUAGAUUUAUUUGUGCUUUUCUGAUACUCUUUAAUUUUAUGUUGAUUUUGUUCAUGUUAUUUUAUGGAAAUUAUGAGCAAACCUGACUUUAAAUAUAAAUGAUCAAGUCUAAAAUUGGGUUGCACAGUGGCUUCAUAAUUUAGCACCUUUUUCACUCAGCUGUUAGUCACUGUAGUUAAAAUAGGGACAGUUUCUUGGAUGGUAAGGGGUCCUGUGGAGAAUAUAUGUUAAGCAGUGUAAAUACUCUGUGACCUCAGUAUUUUUCCUGUUACUCAGGGGUUUGAAUAUUUCUUCUGGUUCAAUAUUUUGACUUUGUAUUGUGCGAAUGGCACCAGCACAGCAGAUAUUUUUACAGAUAGUGACGCCAGACUGAGUCAGCUUUGAAGCCGCCUGCAGUCUGUUGAUCUUUGAGAACAAACACACAUUAAAAACGAUCAGUAAGCACUGCACAGCACUGAUGUAACUUGGGCAAAGACUUUCUGCUUUUUGGAUGAGGAAUGUUGUAGUAAUUGUAUGAUUGUGGAGAAUAUGUUGUUGUCGUUGCUGAUUAUUUAAUUUUUGUAAUAUAUAAAGUCACAUUGGUAAUGUGGCAGAAGUGCUUGAAAAGCAGUUCUCUUAUAAAACUUGAAGUUUUUUUCUUUUGAAGCUAGGCUACUAGUGAAUAUUUGUGCCUUAUACUCCUGGUUGAAUGUGGUGUGCUGUCCAUGUGGUUUUGAUUGUAGUGAACUGCUUUGCUUUAUUGCCUUUCAACCAAAGUACUGGUAAUACCCUAACACCUGGUCCCACUGUUAUGAAUGACCAGUUUAUAUGCCAUAUACUGUACAUCAGCCAGGGUAAUUAAUAUGCAAAAUGAUAUUUAUUUAUACUUAUUUAAACUCAUUUUCCUGUAUAUGCUAACAGUUCUAUACAUUUUGGAAGUUAAUGUUUUUUCUUUUUAGCUCAGUGUCACAUAAGAUAUGUGUAAUGCACCUAUUUAAUUGCGUUAAGUUUGUGUCUAGCCUAGCUUAGCUUAAAGAGUUGACUUGGUCUGGAAUGGAAACAAAGGAAAACCAUCGACUGCAGAAGAAAACGCUAGCCUGCUGGUUAGUUCUUAGUUGUAUUUGACAGUUUUCUUUUAAAUGACACAUUCUCUAUCACGUGUACUUCACCCGCUUGCUUAGUAACCACUUGUAAAUAAGUGAGGUUUUUGUUUUAACUUGUGACGGUGCAGUGCUCAUUGUGUAGUGUUAAAGAUACUGCUGAUGACACAGAGGUCAUGUCCAUUUUUAGGCGCAUUGCUCCUUUAAUUUUCAAGUCAUGUUGUAAAUUCUGCUUUCGAGGCAAACUAAAGUUUAGGUGUUUCUCACAGCUGAGGGUUUUAGACUCAGACGGAGGGAACAGAACAGUGAAAUCUGGUAUUUUUGGGCUCAUUUGUAUUAUCUUGAGUCAUAAAAAUGUAAAAGGAUCUUGCUCGAGACUGCUCCCACUGUCGUUGCUAAACUAGGCUAAACACUACACGGUUCCAUCAUUGUUACUUAACACUGAGAACUCAAGUAGACGUCAGCCUCCUCACCUAUAAUUAGGGGGUUGGAAACAAACAAAAUAGUAAAAAAAAAUGCUGGACAUUACAAUAAGUCAUUGUAUUUCAAGUUUAUUUUCAGUCUGAGCUGUGUUUUUAAAAGAAUGGUAACAGUGUGACACAUCAGCUCUCAUUCAGAUGAUGCAAUUGUUACUUCAGCGAGGGGGAGUCAGCUGGUUGACAUACAUCAUCAUUUCCUGGCCCACAUAAUCCAGGCAGUCAUUAUAGGUAUGCUAUGAGAGAUAUACUUUCACAACAGAAACACUGAUGAUGUGUGGUGUGUACUCAAACUGUCAGGAACAGCGUUCAUUUGUUAGGCAGACUCUAAAAAAAAGUGUUCACAGCUCUCUCAUGGUCACUGUUCGGCCAGAAGAGCGCUGUGUUUCAGCACUUUUACACACGCGUUUUCUUUUUAGCUCCUUACCUUGAAGGACUGUGUUGGCCUUGCUUCUCUGUAAUGAAUAUGCAUUCUCUCUCCUCCCACUCUGGAUGUGUGAUCAACCUUCGUGCCAUUGGUAGGACAUGCAGUAAUGCCCCCCCUGUGCUGCGGUGUAAAAGCUGCUGUUGUGUGGAAAGAUUGUGCCUCUGUCAUGAUGAAACCGGGUGCUUGACUUUCACCAGAUUUGAAAUAAACCCAAGGCUGAUACAGUGA